AUGAAAGUUCAGGUUUGUGCUCUGGCCAGCGCCUUUAAUGUCCUUUUGAGGUCAUGUUUAGGUCCGGGAAAAAGUCUGACCUAAAGUGUCACCAUUGAUUGAAUUCAAGAGGCAAAAGUAAGGACUGAUCUUAUUUUUGACGCAUGUUUAGAAAAUAUGCUAUGGGAAUGUCUGAUGUUAGAACAAUCCACAGGUGUACAAACUAAUCCAACAUACCUCAAUGUUCCACCCACACAAUGAUGAUAGUCCUGUAGGUACAUAGGCCAACAUUUGUAGUAUGUUGAGUAUCUCAUUGUGUUUGUGUAUUCAGAUGAAGUCUUGUCUCUUCCUGGUUGUCUGUGCCUUAAGGUGUCUGUGGUGGAGUUGCGUAGCCCUGGUAGGUUCUUCAUUCACGUCCAAAGCCCAGAGCUGGUUGAGGCUCUGAGAGCCAUUACUGUGGAACUGCAGAAGACUAACGGCGGCUCGCUAGGGACAGACUACAAGCCCAUCACCGGAGAGGUCUGCGCCGUCAAAUACUCCUUGGAUCAGGUGAGGAAUAAGCAAAAAAUGCAGUCAUAAAAAUACUUCUUAGUAUGGAUUUUUAAAGGCUCUAUCUAAUCCUUUGCUUAUCUCCCACUCUAGAAAUGGUACAGAGGUGUUGUCCAGUCUGUAGCUGCAGAUGAUAAAUAUGCAAACGUUCUCUACAUUGACUUCGGAAACGAAGAAGACGUGACACUGGAUCGGAUCAAGCCCCUCGCUGCCAGCAUUGAACCCAUUCCACCAUGUGUGAGUUCAUCGUGAAAAUUAUUUUAGAAGUUGCGUUCUCCUGGCAUCCGCCAAACCCAGAUUUGUCUGUCUGACUGUCAGAUGGAUAAGCGUGAUUCAUCACUCCAGGGAACGCGUUUCCACUGCUCCAGAGUCCAAUGGUGGCGAGCUUUACACAACUCCAGCCGACGCUUGGCAUUACGCAUGGUGAUCAUAGGCUUGUGUGCGGCUGCUCGGCCAUUGAAACCCAUUUCAUGAAGCGCCCGACGAACAGUUCUUGUGCUGUCGUUGCUUCCAGAGGCAGUUUGGAACUCUGUAGUGAGUGUUGCAACCGAGGACAGACGAUUUUUACUAGCUACAGUGGGGAGAACAAGUAUUUGAUACACUGCCGAUUUUGCAGGUUUUCCUACUUACAAAGCAUGUAGAGGGUCUGUAUUUUUUUAUCAUAGGUACACUCCAACUGUGAGAGACGGAAUCUAAAACAAAAAUCCAGAAAAUCACUUUGUAUGAUUUUUAAGUAAUUCAUUUGCAGUUUAUUGCAUGACAUAAGUAUUUGAUACAUCAGAAAAGCAGAACUUAAUAUUUGGUACAGAAACCUUUGUUUGCAAUUACAGAGAUCAUACGUUUCCUGUAGGUCUUGACCAGGUUUGCACACACUGCAGCAGGGAUUUUGGCCCACUCCUCCAUACAGACCUUCUCCAGAUCCUUAAGGUUUCGGGGCUGUCGCUGGGCAAUACGGACUUUCAGCUCCCUCCAAAGAUUUUCUAUUGGGUUCAGGUCUGGAGACUGGCUAGGCCACUCCAGGACCUUGAGAUGCUUCUUACGGAGCCACUCCUUAGUUGCCCUGGCUGUGUGUUUCGGGUUGUUGUCAUGCUGGAAGACCCAGCCACGACCCAUCUUCAAUGCUCUUACUGAGGGAAGGAGGUUGUUGGCCAAGAUCUCGCGAUACAUGGCCCCAUCCAUCCUCCCCUCAAUACGGUGCAGUCGUCCUGUCCCCUUUGCAGAAAAGCAUCCCCAAAGAAUGUUUCCACCUCCAUGCUUCACGGUUGGGAUGGUGUUCUUGGGGUUGUACUCAUCCUUCUUCUUCCUCCAAACACGGCGAGUGGAGUUUAGACCAAAAAGCUCUAUUUUUGUCUCAUCAGACCACAUGACCUUCUCCCAUUCCUCCUCUGGAUCAUCCAGAUGGUCAUUGGCAAACUUCAGACGGGCCUGGACAUGCGCUGGCUUGAGCAGGGGGACCUUGCGUGCGCUGCAGGAUUUUAAUCCAUGACGGCGUAGUGUGUUACUAAUGGUUUUCUUUGAGACUGUGGUCCCAGCUCUCUUCAGGUCAUUGACCAGGUCCUGCCGUUUAGUUCUGGGCUGAUCCCUCACCUUCCUCACGAUCAUUGAUGCCCCACGAGGUGAGAUCUUGCAUGGAGCCCCAGACUGAGGGUGAUUGACCGUCAUCUUGAACUUCUUCCAUUUUCUAAUAAUUGCGCCAACAGUUGUUGCCUUCUCACCAAGCUGCUUGCCUAUUGUCCUGUAGCCCAUCCCAGCCUUUUUAAUUUUUAUUUAUUUAACCUUUAUUUAACCAGGAAGGGCUCAUUGAGAUUUAAAAUCUAUUUUUCAAGAGCGUCCUGGCCAAGAUAGGCAGCACCAAGUCAUUACAAAAAAUUACAGACAGACAACAUGAAAAACUACAAGUAAUCUAGUAAAAACCAUUCAUGAAUUCACAGGAGUAUAACAAUAUCAAAAACAGCAAAUUAAAAACAUUGACAGGUCAGGGAAUCAGCCUCAAAAUCCUUCAUCAGAGAUUUAAAAACACCAAUCGGGACAAGUUCUUCCAGUUUAAAAUUAUUUUGUAAGGUGUUCCAAGACGAUGGCGCAGAGUACAUAAAAGACCUUUUACCAAAUUCAGUUCGGACAUUUGGAACAGUUAGCAGGAUAAAGUCCAGUGAACGAAGAGAGUACCCACCACAUUUCUGAACAAUAAAAAUGCCCAAAUAAAAAGGUAGUAAACCCAAAAUGGCUUUGUAAAUAAAAGUAUACCAGUGACUGAGCCUACGAGUGACUAGAGAAGGCCAGCCAACCCUGGUAUACAAAGUACAGUGGUGCGUAAGGGUUUUACAGUUUAAAAUAAAUCUCAAAGUACCAUGAUAAAGAGUGUCAAUUGAUCUCAAACACUGAGCGGAAGCAUUCAUAUAUAAAAUAUCCCCAUAGUCUAGUAAAGGCAUAAAUGUAGCUGAUACUAGCCUCCUUCUGGCUUCAAAAGAAAAACAGGCCUUAUUCCUAAAAUAAAAUCCCAAUUUCAGCUUCAAUUUUUUUGUAAGUUGUUGAAUAUGCAAUUUAAAAGAGAGGCCGUCAUCAAUUAGAAUUCCAAGAUAUUUAUAUGAGGUUACAACCUCAAUCUCCUUGCCCUGACAGGUAGUAACAGGUGAAAGGUUCAGAGGUCUAUUUCUUGCAUUGUGCAGGUUUACAAUUUUAUCCCUGAUGUCCUUACACAGCUCUCUGGUCUUGGCCAUUGUGGAGAGGUUGGAGUCUGUUUGAUUGAGUGUGUGGACAGGUGUCUUUUAUACAGGUAACGAGUUCAAACAGGUGCAGUUAAUACAGGUAAUGAGUGGAGAACAGGAGGGCUUCUUUAAUAAAAACUAAUAGGUCUGUGAGAGCCGGAUUUCUUACUGGUUGGUAGUUGAUCAAAUACUUACAGUGGGGAAAAAAAGUAUUUAGUCAGCCACCAAUUGUGCAAGUUCUCCCACUUAAAAAGAUGAGAGAGGCCUGUAAUUUUCAUCAUAGGUACACGUCAACUAUGACAGACAAAUUGAGAAAAGAAAAUCCAGAAAAUCACAUUGUAGGAUUUUUAAUGAAUUUAUUUGCAAAUUAUGGUGGAAAAUAAGUAUUUGGUCACCUACAAACAAGCAAGAUUUCUGGCUCUCACAGACCUGUAACUUCUUCUUUAAGAGGCUCCUCUGUCCUCCACUCAUUACCUGUAUUAAUGGCACCUGUUUGAACUUGUUAUCAGUAUAAAAGACACCUGUCCACAACCUCAAACAGUCACACUCCAAACUCCACUAUGGCCAAGACCAAAGAGCUGUCAAAGGACACCAGAAACAAAAUUGUAGACCUGCACCAGGCUGGGAAGACUGAAUCUGCAAUAGGUAAGCAGCUUGGUUUGAAGAAAUCAACUGUGGGAGCAAUUAUUAGGAAAUGGAAGACAUCCAAGACCACUGAUAAUCUCCCUCGAUCUGGGGCUCCACGCAAGAUCUCACCCCGUGGGGUCAAAAUGAUCACAAGAACGGUGAGCAAAAAUCCCAGAACCACACGGGGGGACCUAGUGAAUGACCUGCAGAGAGCUGGGACCAAAGUAACAAAGCCUACCAUCAGUAACACACUACGCCGCCAGGGACUCAAAUCCUGCAGUGCCAGACGUGUCCCCCUGCUUAAGCCAGUACAUGUCCAGGCCCGUCUGAAGUUUGCUAGAGUGCAUUUGGAUGAUCCAGAAGAGGAUUGGGAGAAUGUCAUAUGGUCAGAUGAAACCAAAAUAGAACUUUUUGGUAAAAACUCAACUGGUCGUGUUUGGAGGACAAAGAAUGCUGAGUUGCAUCCAAAGAACACCAUACCUACUGUAAAGCAUGGGGGUGGAAACAUCAUGCUUUGGGGCUGUUUUUCUGCAAAGGGACCAGGACGACUGAUCCGUGUAAAGGAAAGAAUGAAUGGGGCCAUGUAUCGUGAGAUUUUGAGUGAAAACCUCCUUCCAUCAGCAAGGGCAUUGAAGAUGAAACGUGGCUGGGUCUUUCAGCAUGACAAUGAUCCCAAACACACCGCCCGGGCAAUGAAGGAGUGGCUUCGUAAGAAGCAUUUCAAGGUCCUGGAGUGGCCUAGCCAGUCUCCAGAUCUCAACCCCAUAGAAAAUCUUUGGAGGGAGUUGAAAGUCCGUGUUGCCCAGCGACAGCCCCAAAACAUCACUGCUCUAGAGGAGAUCUGCAUGGAGGAAUGGGCCAAAAUACCAGCAACAGUGUGUGAAAACCUUGUGAGGACUUACAGAAAACGUUUGACCUGUGUCAUUGCCAACAAAGGGUAUAUAACAAAGUAUUGAGAAACUUUUGUUAUUGACCAAAUACUUAUUUUCCACCAUAAUUUGCAAAUAAAUUCAUUAAAAAUCCUACAAUGUGAUUUUCUGGAGAAAAAAAAUUCUCAUUUUGUCUGUCAUAGUUGAUGUGUACCUAUGAUGAAAAUUACAGGCCUCUCUCAUCUUUUUAAGUGGGAGAACUUGCACAAUUGGUGGCUGACUAAAUACUUUUUUUCCCCACUGUAUGUCAUGCAAUAAAAUGCAAAUUAAUUACUUAAAAAUCAUACAAUGUGAUUUUCUGGAUUAUUGUUUUAGAUUCCGUCUCUCACAGUUGAAGUGUACCUAUGAUAACCUCUACAUGCUUUGUAAGUAGGAAAACCUGCAAAAUCGGCAGUGUAUCAAAUACUUGUUCUCCCCACUGUAUGUGUUGCAACCGAGGACAGACGAUUUUUACUAGCUAUGCGCUUCAGCAUUCGGAUUUCCCAAUCUGUGAGCUUGUAUGGCCUACCACUUCACGGCUGAGCCGUUGUUACUCCUAGACAUUUCCACUUCACAAUAUCAGCACUUAGAGUUGACGGGGGAAGCAGGACAGAAAUUUGACGAACUGACUUGUUGGAAAGGUGGCAUCCUAUGACGGUGCCACUUUGAAAGUCACUGAGCUCUUCAGUAAGGCCAUUCUACUGCCAAUGUUUGUCUAUGGAGAUUGCAUUGCUGUGUGCUCGAUUUUAUACACCUGUCAGCAACGGGUGUGGCUGAAAUAGCCGAAUCCACUAAUUUGAAGGGGUGUCCACAUACUUUAUUAUAUAUAGUGUAUGGAGGUUAAAUUUUGUGCACGGAAGUUAAUUUUCUUUCUCCAUAUUCACCUCAGUUUCCCAGGAGUAACAUUCAAGGCCCAAAUAUUUACUGCCCUAUUUUAUUUCAAAUGCAUAUUUAUUCUUGAUGAAUAGUACUUGUUCACGUUUAUUUACCACAACCUUUUUCUUGCAGGCUAUGGAGUGCAGCGUCGCCGGGAUAACACCGGUGACUGACAGCUGGAUGGGGGAGUGUUGCAUCGCUGUGAGACAGCUGGUGGCUGGAAAGAGCCUGACACUCACUGUGGUGGACACACAGGAGAAUAACCGCACCUACGCAGUGGACAUCCUACUGACUCCUAUCGGUACUGUAUCACAGGAAGGCAAUGAUCAGUUGGCUACAGUGAAUAAUAGUAGGUGAAAGAAUUAAUCACCACAUUUAAUUUGCCAUAAUAAGCGUAAGCAUGAUUGGGGUUAGGAACCUUGAGCAUCUUUUUGCGCUCUCCUAUUAGAGUACAGCUCUCAGUAUACAUCGUGCUGUAAAGUAAUUUGUCCUUCUGUGAAAUGUCGCUUUGAACUACACUACCGUUCAAAAGUUUAGGGUCACUUAGACAUUUCCUUUGUUUUCCAUGAAAACAUACAUGAAAUUAGUUUGAAUAGGAAAUGUAGCAAAAUGAAUAGGAAAUGUAGUCAUUUACAAGGUUAGAAAUAAUGAUUUUUAAUAUAAGUAAUAGUGUCCUUCAAACUUUGCUUUCGUCAAAGAAUCCUCCAUUUGAAGCAAUUACAGCUUUGCAGACCUUAGGCAUUCUAGUUGUCAAUUUGUUGAGGUAAUCUGAAGAGAUUUCACCCCAUGCUUACUGAAGCACCUCCCACAAGUUGGAUUGGCUUGAUGGACACUUCUUACGUACCAUACGGUCAAGCUGCUCCCACAACAGCUCAAUAUGGUUAAGAUCCGGUGACUGUGCUGGCCACUCCAUUAUAGACAGAAUAACCAGCUGACUGCUUCUUCCCUAAAUAGUUAUUGCAUAGUUUGGAGAUGUGCUUUGGGUCAUUGUCCUGUUGUAGGAGGAAAUUGGCUCCAAUCAAGCUCUGUCCACAGGGCAUGGCAUUGCAAAAUGGAGUGAUAGCCUUCCUUCUUCAAGAUCCCUUUUACCCUGUACAUAUCUCCCACUUUACCACCACCAAAGCACCCCCAGACCAUCACAUUGCCUCCACCAUGCUUGACAGUUGGCAUCAAGCACUCCUCCAGCAUCUUUUCAUUUGGUCUGCGUCUCACAAAUGUUCUUCUUUGUGAUCCGAACACCUCAAACUUCAAUUCGUCUUUCCAUAACACUUUCUUCCUCUGUCCAGUGUCUGUGUUCUUUUGCCCAUCUUAAAUUUUUCUUUUUAUUGGCCGGUCUGAUAUAUGGCUUUUUCUUUGCAACUCUGCCUAGAAGAUGAGCAUCCCGGAGUCGCCUCAUCACUGUUGACAUUGAGACUGGUGUUUUGCGGGUACUAUUUAAUGUAGCUGCCAGUUGAGGACCUGUGAGGCGUCUGUUUCUCAAACUGUCCUCUUGCUCAGUUGUGCACCGGGGCCUCCCACUCCUCUUUCUAUUCUGGUUUGCACCAGUUUGCGCUGUGCUGUGAAGGGAGUAGUACACAGCGUUGUACGAGAUCUUCAGUUUCUUGGCAGUUUCUCGCAUGGAAAGUCCUUCAUUUCUCAGAACAAGAAUAGACUGACAAUUUUCAGAAGAAAGUUAUUUGUUUCUGGCCAUUUUGAGCCUGUAAUCGAACCCACAAUUGUUGAUGCUCCGGAUACUCAACUAGUCUCAAGAAGGCCAGUUUCAUUGCUUCUUUAAUCAGCACAACAGUUUUCAGCUGUGCUAACAUUAUUGCAAAAGGGUUUUCUAAUGAUCAAUUAGCCUUUUUAAAAUGAUCAACUUGGAUUAGCAAACACAACGUGCCAUUGGAACACAGGACUGAUGGUUGCUGAUAAUGGGCCUCUACGCUUAUGUAGAUAUUCCAUUAAAAAUCAGCCGUUUCCAGCUACAAUAGCCAUUUACAACAUUAACAAUGUCUACACUGUAUUUCUGAUCAAUUUGAUGUUAUUUGAAUGGACAAAAAAAUUGCUUUUCUUUCGAAAACAAGGGCGUUUCUAAGUGAUCUCAAUCUUUUGAACGGUAGUGUAUAUAGAUGUCUUUGCAUGAAUCUUUGCAUCUUUCUUUUUUUGUUAUGUUUGUGUCACUGAAACCUUAACUAACUUUAACACCAUAACAUAGUAAACCAUACUCCAUAGCCUUCAUUGUCCUCUUUUUAAAAUAAAUGUCCUUUGUAUGACUAUUGAAGUGCUUUUCACGAUGUCUGUCUUCAUGUCUGCCAUGUAAACACCAUAUCUUUCUCUGACAGGCAAACAGCUGAGCACCUUCCUCAUUGACCAAGGUUACGCUGUGAGGGAGGUAGUCAAUAAGAAGCUCACAGAACAGGACAUUGGUGAGCACUGUCAAUUUUAUUUUGUGUCACCAUUUUGCAACACUUGUUUUUCAAAGUUCCAUAAUAAUAAUUGGAUUCUGGUACAUUCUGAUUCAAAUUCCAGCUGAAAUGUGUUGUCUUAUACUACAAGGUAAAGGUUUACUCCAGUUUGUUCUAAUAUCCAGUAGUUGGUCCCGCUCUGCUCCCCUCUGCUCCAGACUCCCUGGUGAGUGCCUCCCUGGAAAACUUCCGCCGCCAGUCGGGGGGUAAGAACGAGAACAUGGAGGCACAGCCACCUGACCCUCUGACCCAGGGACUGGGAGACACCUUCGCUGCCAUGGUGACGCACCUGCAGUCGCCUUAUGACAUCAUCUGUCAGAAACUGGACAACGCCAGUGAGUACAACCUAUUGACAACCCAUCAAUACUCUUUUGAUACAUUUCUUUAUUUGUAUUUAUUAAGGAUCCCCAUUAGCUGCUACCAAGGCAGCAGCUACUCUUCCUGGGGUCCAGCAACAUUAAGGCAGUUAUAUACAAUUUAAAAUAUUACAUGACAUUACAUUUCAUAACACUUUUCACAACACAUUAAGUGUGUGCCCUCAGGCCACUACUAUACUAUCACAUGUCUACAAUACAAAAUCCAUGUGUACGUAUGGGUAGAGUGCGUGUCUUAUAAUUUGUGUGUGUCUCUUCACAGUCCCUGCUGUUCCAUAAGGUGUAAUUUGAUCUCUAUUUUUAAAAAAUCUGAUUCUACUGCUUGCAUCAGUAACCUGAUGUGGAAUAGUGUUUCAUGUAGCCAUGGCUCUAUGUAGUACUGUGCGCCACCCAUAGUCUGUUCUUGACUUAGGGAUUGUGAAGAUACCUUUGGUGGCAUGUCUUGUGGUGUAUGCAUGGGUGUCCAAGCUGUGUGCUAGUAGUUUAAACAGACACCUCUGUGCAUUCAGCAUGUCAACACUUCUUACAAAACAAGUAGUGAGCCAUGACUACACAAUGGCGCCGGAGGGGAUGGCUGCUGUUUUACGGGCUCCUAACCAACUGUGCUUAUUUUGUACAUAAUGUUGCUGCUACCGUCUCUUAUGACCGAAAAAUAGUUUCUGGACAUCAAACAGCGAUUACUCACAUCGAACUAGAUGAAGAUUUUUUCGUUAAUGAGUCCGACACGAAGGAUAUACUGCUUCCCCGAGAACAGGCGACAUGGAUAAUAUAGAGCUGGCUGGGUUUUCCAUGCAUCGGCAGGAAAGAGCAGCUAUGUCUGGUAAGACGUGGUGGGGGUGGGUGUCUAUUUGUCAAUAACAGCUGGUGCGUGAUGUCUAAUAUUAAAGAAGUCUCGAGGUAUAGGUCGCCUGAGGUAGAGUACCUCAUGAUAAGCUGUAGACCACACUAUCUACCAAGAGUUUUCAUCCACAUUAUUCAUAGCGGUCUAUUUACCACCACAAACAGAUGCUGGUACUAAGACCGCACUCAACGAGCUGAAUAAAGCCAUAAGCAAACAAGAAAAUGCUAAUCCAGAAGCGGCGCUCCUAGUGGCUGGGGACUUUAAUGCAGGCAAACUUAAAUCCGUUUUACUAAUUUACCAGAUGUCACGUGCAAACCAGAGUUACUCCACACACAGAGACUCAUACAAAGCUCUCCCUCGCCCUCUAUUUGGCAAAUCUGACCAUAAUUCUAUCCUUCUGAUUCCUGCUUACAAGCAAAAACUGAAGCUGGAAGUACCAGUGAUUCGCUCAAUACGGAAGUGGUCAGAUGUUUUGCUAGCACAGACUGGAUUAUGUUCCGGGAUUCAUCCUAUGGCAUUGAGGAGUAUAUCACCUCAGUCACCCGCUUCAUCAAUAAAUGCAUCGACGACGUCGUGCCCACAGUGACCGUACGUACAUAUCCCAACCAGAAGCCAUGGAUUACAGGCAACAUCCGCACCGAGCUAAAGGCUAGAGCUGCCUCUUUCAUGGAGCGGGACACUAAUCCGGACUCUUAUAAGAAAUACCGCUAUGCCCUCAGACGAACCAUCAAACCGGCAAAGCGUCAAUACAUGACUAAGAUUGAAUCCUACUACACCGGCUCUGAUGUUCGUCAGAUGUGGCAGGGCUUGUAAACUAUUACGGACUACAAAGGGAAACCCAGCCGCGAGCUGCCCAGUGACGCGAGCCUACCAGACGAGCUAAAUGCCUUUUUAUGCUCGCUUGGAGGCAAGCAACGCAUGCUUGAGAGCGCCAGCUGUUCCAGACGACUGUGAUCACGCUCUCCGUAGCCGAUGGGAGCAAGAACUUUAAACAGUGCAACAUUCACAAAAUUAUGUCAGCCGGUGAUUGUCAAGUAAAUAUCUGUCAGUCUCUCGGUAAUUGACCGUUAAUUAACAUAAACACAUUUAUCAUCUCCUGGCUUCCACACACAGCCUACAAGUCAUUUUAAAAAGUCUAAUAGAUCCAUGUAAUAUAGCCUACUCCUUCACAAUAAAUCCAUUAUUUAUUUUAGACCAGUCUAAAGAAGCAUGAUAUGAAGAAAAGGUCUAUUUCAGAAGAAAAUAAUAGCAUACUCCGAGUUGUCCUUAUGUUAGGUCCUGAUGUGGCUAUGCCAAAUGGCUGUGGGCUACACUAGUUCAUUUAGCAGACAAGCUUUGCUUGUUAUUCCUUGGCAUUAUUUUAUAGUAUGAAGAAUACAAUUGAACAAAGCUGAAUAAAAUAUAAAUAUUUUCUCCAAAUGAUUUGAGGGAGUGCGCACAUGCUGCUAUUCUGUGUUGUGGUUAACAAUGAAAUAGGUACUCCUAUAUGCUUAAUUUAGUUAUUAAUGUAACUUCAGUUGCUCUACAUGUUGGGCUAUAUGUUUUGAUUUUUAAUAUAUUGUAAGGCUGCAUGAUGAGACUAAUGAUGAUUUGAAAAAAGUCGCUUGGAAGGCAUGAGCUCUGCUUUGUUUUUUUGCGCAGGCUGUACACACUCCAAUAGUCUCUCAUUCACAAUUUGACAAACUCGAAUUUCACGGCGGCAUCCCUUUUGUGGCCGUAAUGCACCCUAAAACAAUCCAUGCCUUUUGCGGCCCGGAGUGCUGCGGUGUGCCCUUCUCCCUGAGUGUGCUGCACAAUCCGAAGCGUCUCUCACUCACAUGGCUCUCCAUCACGUGAUCAGGUCUUUCUCACAGGCUACAAGUGAAGACUGACACAUCGGGGACGCAACUGCGCGCAUCCUUAUCCAAUUCCGAGGUGCAUAUUGAAGAUAUUGGAAGAACUGUCCACAUUUACUUUCCGUCAGCCAACAAGUAGGUCUAACAAACAGCAAAAGCACUAGCUUAUGUCAAUCUACUAUCCCCCAUACUACAAAAGUCUGACCUAUACUGUGCGAGAAAUAAAUAUUCCGAACAUAGUCUGGGACAGUUGUGUGAUGUGAUAGAUCCCAAAUGACCAAAUUAAUACAACCGCUAGCAUCAAAAAAACUUUUUUAUGCAAUGUGGCUGACGCAACAGAUUAGAACGUUUAGCUUAAAAUGUUGAUAAACUAUUAGGCUAUUUCUUCACAUUAUAAGCGCAGCAAUGUGCACAUGGCAGUAGGCUAUAACUCACGCCCUGCUUAUGUAUGCCAGUUAGGCUCUACACCCCUUGUAAAGCAGAUUAAUGUGCUUAAUUUUAAGAAGUUAUUUGGCCACUUUAGUUGUGAUACAAACCUUAUUAAAACAUAUAGGCCUAUGGGCUAUGCUACAUGAGGUGUGCGACUAUGAUUCGAAAAAGUCGCAAAAAAAAGGCAUUGUUCCUUAUGCUGGCCAUCAUUCACAAGUGAUAAUAUUUACUUCACAAGUGAUAGGCUAAUAUUGUCACCCUCAGCCUAUUCUUGAUUUAAACUUGUCUUUAAAUAUACUAAAUAAUAUUUGUGUGAAAUUCAUUUUGAUUUAGAAUGGACCAUUAUCAUGCACUCGUAUCGAAACAGGGGGCAGUGGGAAAAAAUAUAUCAUAUACACUACCGUUCAAAAGCUUGCUUUUCCCCGUGGGUUAUUUUCAUGCCAGCCAGGUAGGCUAUACUCUUGUUGUAAAGAGAAGCAAUGUGCUUAAUAUUAGGAAAGUUGAGAAAUAAAUAUAGUAGGCCUAGCCUAUAGAAAGCUGAUGGGAUCCUCUUUUUAUUAGCGGCCAUCACUGAAAUGUUGCGCAACAUGAGCUCAUGGGCUCUCAUGAAGUGUUUGAUUAGAUUUUCAAUUACAUUUGCCUUGAUGUCAGAGUGAUUUAGAGGGACAAUAGAUUGCUGAGUACCAGGCAGUUAGCAAGUUUGGUAGGCUACUAAUAACCAGCAGCAGCAUCAGAGCUUGGAGAAUCCUAAUUACCAUGACUAAACGGUCAUGUGGUAUUUGACUGCCUUCAUGACUCGUGACCGCCGGUGUGGCGGAAAUACGGUCACCGCAACAGCCCUAGCUGAGGGGCCAGACGGAUUACUAGGACGUGUACUCCGAGCAUGCGCGGACCAGCUGGCAAAUGUCUUCAUUGCCAUUAUCAACCUCUCCCUGACCGAGUCUGUGAUACCUACAUGUUUGAAGCAGACCACCAUAGUAGUCCCUGUGCCGUAGAAAGCUAAGGUAACCUGCCUAAAUGGCUACCGCCCCGUAGCACUCAUGUCGGUAGCCAUGAAGUGCUUUGAAAGGCUGUUAAUGGCUCACAUCAACACCAUCAUCUCAGAAAGCCUAGACCCACUCCAAUUUGCAUACCUCCCCAACAGAUCCACAGAUAACGCGAACUCCAUCGCACUCCACACUGCACUUUCCCACCUGGACAACAGGAACACCUAUGUGAGAAUGCUAUUCAUUAACUACAGCUCAGCAUUCAACACCAUAGUGCCCAGAAAGCUCAUCACUAAGCUAAUGACCCUGGGACUAAACACCUCCCUCUGCAACUGGAUCUGAACUUCCUGACGGGCCGCCCCCAGGUGGUAAGGGUAGGUAACACAUCUGCCACGCUGAUCCUCAACACUGGGGCCCCUCAGGGGUGCGUGCUUAGUUCCCUCCUGUACUCCCUGUUCACCCAUGACUGCAUGGCCAGGCACGACUCCAACACCAUAAUUAAGUUUGCUGACGACUCAACAGUGGUAGGCCUGAUCACCGACAAUGAUGAGACAGCCUAUAGGGAGGAGGUCAGAGACCUGGCAGUGUGGUGCCAGGAUAACAACCUCUCCCUCAAUGUGAGCAAGACAAUGGAGCUGAUCGUGGACUACAGGAAAAGGCGGGCCGAACAGGCCCCCAUUAACAUCGACGGGGCUGUAGUGGAGCGGGUCGAGAGUUUCAAGUUCGUUGGUGUUGCAUCACAGCCUGGUAUGGCAACUGCUCAGCAUCCGACCGUAAGGUGCUACAUUGGGGCCAAGCUUCCUGCCAAACAGGACCUAUAUAUUAGGCGGUGUCAGAAGAAGGCCCCAAAAAUUGUCAGACUCCAGUCACCCAAGUCCUAGACUGUUCUCUCUGCUACUGCACGGCAAGCGGUACCGGAGCGCCAAGUCUAGGUCCAAAAGGCUCCUUAACAGCUUCUAACCCCAAGCCAUAAGACUGCUGAACAAUUAAUGAAAUGGCCACCCAGACUAUUUACAUUGACCCACCCCCCCCCCCCAUUUUUACACUGCUGCAACUCGCUGGUUUAUUAUGUAUGCAUAGUCACUUUACCACUACCUACAUGUACAAAUUACCUCGACUAACCUGUACCCCCGCACAUUGACUCGGUACUGGCACCACCUGUAUAUAGCCUUGUUAUUGUUAUUUUAUUGUGUUACUUUUUAUUUUUAUCUUUACUUUAGUUUAUUUAGUAAAUCUUUUUUAACUCUAUUUCUUGAACUGCAUUUGUUGAUUAAGGGCUUGUAAGUAAGCAUUUCACGGCAAGGUCUACACCAGUUGUAUUCGGUGCAUGUGACAAAUACAAUUUGAUUUGAGAGAUUUACAUGCGUAUUAUUGUUAGCUCUUCAUGUACAUUUAAAGGCCAGCCGUGCUGCCCUGUUCUGAGGCAAUUUUAAUUUUCCGAGGUCCCUCUUUGCGCCACCUGACCACACGACUGAAUAGUAGUCCAGGUGUGACAAAACUAGAGCCGGUAGGACCUGCCUUGUUGAUAGUGUUGUUAAAAAGGCAGAGCAGCGCUUUUAUUAUGGCCAGACUUCUCCCCAUCUUAUCUACUGUUGUAUCAACAUGUUUUGACCAUGACAGUUUACAAUCCAGGUUACUCCAAGCAGUUUAGUCACCUCAACUUGCUCAAUUUCCACACCAUUUAUUACAAGUUUUAGUCGAGGUCUAGGGUUUUGUGAAUGACUAUUUUUUUUAUAUUUAGGACUAACUUAUUCCUUGCCACCCAUUCUGAAACUAACUGCAUCUCUUUAAGUGUUGCAUUGAUUUCACUCGCUGUAGUAGCUGAACUGUACAGUGUUGAGUCAUCUGCAUACACAGCCACACUGGCUUUACCUUACGCAUGUCAUUGGAAAAAAAGCCUAGACAGCUGCCCUGUGCAAUUCCUGAUUCUACCUUGAUUAUGUUGAAGAGGUUUCCAUUAAAGAACACCCUCUGUGUUCUGUUAUACAGGUAACUUUAUCCACAAUAUAGCAGGGGGUGUAAAGCCAUAACACAAGUUUCUACGUCAGCGGACUAUGAUUAAUAAUGUCAAAAGCCGCACUGAAGUCUAACAAAACAGCUCCCACAAUCUUUUUAUCAUCAAUUUCUCUCAGCCAAUCAUCAGUCAUUUGUGCAAGUGCUGUGCUUGUUGAAUGUCCUUCCCUAUAUGCUUGCUGAAAGUCUGUUGUCAGUUUGACCCGAUACAAUGCUAUUUUACUGUAAACAAUCACAAUUUCUCCUAAAGUUUACUAGGGUAACAGGCUGAUUUUGUCAGCUAUUUGAACCAGUAAUGGGGGCUUUACUAUUGUUGGGUAGCGAAAUUACUUUUGCUUCCCUCCAGGCCUGAGGGCACACACUUUAUAGUAGGCUUAGAUUGAAGGAUUGGCAAUAACGUCCACAUUAUCCUCAGUAAUUUUCCAUCCAAGUUGUCAGACGCCGGUGGCUUUUCAUUGUUGAAUCAUUUUUCACCUCUUCCACACUCACUUUACGGAAUUAAAAAUUACAAUGCUUGUCUUUUCAAUAUUUGAUCAGUUAUACUUGGAUAUAUAUUGUCUGCGUUUGUUGCUGGCAUGCCUAAGUUUGCUGAUCUUAACAAUGAAAAAAUCAUUAAAGUAAUUGGCAAUAUCAGUGGGAUUUGUUAUGAGUGAGCCAUCUGAUUUAAUGAAUGAUGGAGCUAAGUUUGCCUUGUUGCCCAACAUUUCAUUUAAGGUGCUCCAAAGCUAUCAUUCUUUAUAUAAUUUAUAUUUUUCAUAGUGUAGUUUCUUUGUCUUUUUUAUUCAAUUUAGUCACAUGAUUUCUCAAUUUGCAGUAUGUUUUCGGUUGUGCAGCCAGACUUAUUUGCCAUUCCUUUUGCCUCAUCCCGCUCAACCAUACAAUUUUUAAAUUCCUCAUCAAUCCACUGGGAUUUAACAGUUUUAACUGGAAUAAGCAUUUUCAUAAAUGUGUCAAGUGCAGCGUCUGCUUUCUCCUCAUUAUACACCAUAGACCAACAAAUAUUCUUUACAUCAACAACAUAGCAAUCACUACAAAACGUAUUGUAUGACCUCUUAUACACUAUAUUAGGCCCAGCCUUUGGAACUUUAGUUUUCCUAAAUAUGGCUACUAUAUUGUGAUCACUACAUCCAAUGGGUUUCGAUACUGCUUUAAAGCACAUUUCUGCAAUAUUAGUAAAGAUGUGAACAAUACAUGUUGAUGAUUUCAUUCCUGUGCUGUUUGUAACUACCCUGGUAGGUUGACUGAUAACCUGAACCAGGUUGCUGUCACUGGUUACAGUUUGAAUAUUUUUCUUGAGUGGGCAGCUUGACGAAAGCGAGUCAAUAUUUAAAUCACCCAGAAAAUAUACCUUUCUGUUGAUAUCACAUACAUUAUCAAGCAUUUCUCACGUCAUCCAGAUACUGAAUGUUAGCACUUGGUGGUCUAUAGCAGCUUCCCACAAGAAUGGGCUUUCGGUGAGGCAGAUGACCCUGUAUCCAUAUUACUUCAACAGCAUUUAACAUGAGAUCCUCUCUCAGCUUUACAGGAAUGUGGUUCUGAAUAUAGACAGCAACACCACCUUUGUCAUUUCUGAUGUUAUAACCAUUUGUUUCUGCCACUGUAUCAUCAAAGGUAUUAUCUAAGUGAGUUUCAGAGAUUGUCAGAAUAUGAAUGUCAUCUGUUACUAGCAAAUUAUUGAUUUCAUGAACCUUGUUUCUUAAGCUACAUAUGUUAACGUAGGCUAUUUUUAGCACUUUUCUGGGAUGCUUGAUUGUUUUCAUUGCUUUACUGGGAAGCUUAGCAGAAGUAGGAAUGCUCAUGUUAUUUAUGUUCGUGUAGGGUGAGCUGCACACAGUGGACUUCCUAGUAGGGCACACUGCCUCAGUGCUAACAGUAAAACUCUUGUUCAUAGGGACAUGAUUCCUGCAUACAAUAGGAUCAGCAGAGGCAUUCAGGGCAGUUAGAGGGACAUUCAUUAGGUUACCUACAUUGUGUCUACCAACUUCAAUGGGAUAAUGGACAUUUGCGGAAGCAUUAUGUCAACUCAGCAACACAAUGGUAGGGAUUAAUUUAUCUGGGCUUGGGUCAUUGAUAAGUCAUUGUCUCAGCGCAGCCUUAUAUUGCUGUGAAAGGAUCCAGGAACCCAAAUGAUUUGGGUGGAUCCCAUCAUCCUUAUAAAACGAGCUUUGUUUCCAGAAGAUAUCAAAAUUGUCAAUAAAUGUUACACCCACAGAGCUGAAAUAGUCAUGUAGCCAGUUAUGGAGGGCUAACAGUCUGCUGAAACGUUCAAUGCCACGAUUUAGGGCCAGAUAUGAGAAUUUCCUUCAUCAAUAUCCUGUGUAAGUGUACUUGCCUCAGUGAAAAGGUUAAAAAUACUGAACAAAAAUAUAAACACAAGAUGUAACAAUUUCAUUGGUUUUACUGAGUUACAGUUCAUAUGAGGAAAUCAGUCAAUUGAAUUAAAUGUAUUAGGUCCUAAUCUAUGGAUUUCACAUGACUGGGAAAACACAACAUGGGCUUCAUAAUGGGCCUCAUGAUCUCAUCACAGUAUUUUUGUGCAUUAACAUUACCAUAGAUGAAAUGCAGUUGUGUUUUUUGUCAGUAGCUUAUGCCUGCCAAUAUCAUAACCCCACUGCCAUCAUGGGGCACUCUGUUCACAAUGUUGACAUCAGUAAACUGCUUGCUCACAUGACGCCAUACACAAGGUCUGUGGUUGUGUUGAUGGUUGGACGUACUGCCAAAUUCUCCAAGACGACUUUGGAGGCGGCUUAUGGUAGAGGCAUGAACGUUAAAUUCUCUGGCAACAGCUCUGGUGGACAUUCCUGCUUUUGUGUAGGUUGGGCUGUUGUCUCUAGACCAGUGGCGGUCGAUGCCGUUUUUAAGAUGAGGGAGGACGCUAAUAAUUUUUAUGAGCAUGGCUUUAUUUCUAUUACAGUAUAUUGGAUGACUAUAAUUCACAUUCCAUUCACCCAGCUCAAUGUAACAUCGAUAGGUUUAGGUUACUACAUGAUACUCACAUUUUCCCUAUACCCAUCAUGAGGUUGCUACAACCUAGCCUAUGAAUGAAAGUUUGCAACGUAGGUGCACAUGUUUGAGAGAAGCAUUUGAGUUAUCAAGGUGACCGACAGUGACACAUUCAAUACCGCCUUGCACACACUUGCCUGCAUCUAUCUGAUAUAGGGUGUAAUCAUUAGUCCAACAGUUACAAACAAGAGUUUCUAUUUUACAAAUUCAGGUCAGUUUCAUUCCGUUUGCUAAACAUUUUUCAACAGAAUUGGCGGAAUGAGUACACCCCUGAUCACACGCAAACACAGUUCACUUUCAUAUCAGCCACAUACAAACUGCAUGAUCACUUUGCUCGUUAAUUCCUUCUCACAUCGACGCGCUCUCAACUUUUCUCUUCGCGUGUGGACUUCAGUGCACAACACAUCAGCUGUCUGUCACCAGGCAAAAACAAACUUCACAAGGCUAGCCUACAUAUUUGUCACCAUAUUAGCUAAUGUCAUAUUCAACAUAGCUACUAGAUAGAACUUACGCGUUAGUAAACUCGCUACAAUCAUGCAGUAAGCAAGCAGUUUAGCAGUUACACUGGUGGGCCCCGUUGACAAGAAAUUAAUAAAACCAAAAGCUUACCGUGACUUUGAAAAGUUCCAGUGUUGGAUAGCCAGCUAGCUAACUUGGCAUCCCUCUCUGUUUGAACCGGGUGUUUGAGUAGGCUAAACUACCUAGCUGCAUUCGCUAGCUAAAAAAAGUUAAAGUGAAAAAAAAGACCUCUCCUUUGCUUCUCCUUCAUUUUUGAAUACUUUUAAUUUGUUAAAAACUGUUGUCUUUCUAUCUCUCCUUGGGUUAACCACAUUUUAUGCACUGCGGUGCUAGCUAGCUGUAGAUUAUGCUUUCAGUACUAGAUUAAUUCUCUGAUAUUUUGAUUGGGUGGACAACAUGUCAGUUCAUGUUGCGAGAGCUCUGAUAGGUUUAAGGACGUCCUCUGGAAGUUGUCAUAAUUAAUGUGUUGAGUGUAUGGAAGUGGGUGAGAACCUUCAGCCUCCUAGGUUUUGUAUUGAAGUCAAUGUACCCAGAGGAGGACGGAAACUAGCUGUCCUCUGGCUACACCAUGGUGCUACCCUACAGAGUGCUGUUUUAAUACAAUAUUUGUUGACAGGCCAGUCAUGUUCUUCCACACCGAUCUCGACAAACCAUUUCUGUAUGGACCUCGCUUUGUGCACGGGGGCAUUGUCAUGGGCGUUUCCACAAUAACAGCACUUACAGUUGACCAGGGCAGAAAUUUGCCGAACUGGCUUGUUGGGAAGUGCCACGUUGAGCCAAUGUUUGUCUAUGGACGAUUGCAUGGCUAUGUUCUUGAUUUUAUACACCUGUCAGCAACGGGUGUGGCUGAAAUCGCCAAAUCUGCUAAUUGGAACGUGUGUCCACAUACUUUUGUGUGUAUAUAUAGUGUAUCUGGGUCGUUUUCAGUUGGCUCAAAACAGGACAACACAUUUUGAAACGGGGAGGUACUAAUAAAAAAUAUAAAAAAUCUGUUUUGCUGUAAUGUGCCCUAGUGAAUUGAACAUAACCUAGUGGAGGUAAUUCAGUCUCUUGUAUCGUGGGCGCUGAGUGUUGUGUGUCUGUGCAGGUGUGAUCCAGGAGCUUCAUCUGAAACUGAGGGAGCACUGUUCUCAGGCCCCAGCCAGCCAGAACUUCAGACCUGCCCCUGGCACAGUGUGCUGCUCCCUAUUCUAUGGUAAGGACACACACACACUUAUUCUGUGUCAGGCAAGAGUACUCACAUUGACUCAGGACACAUACACACUCAGAAAAUGGACACACGAUGAGCUCUCUGUUGUGAUCUCAAUCUUGACCGGGUUGAGGAAUUUUGUGGAGCUUUGCCUGCCAAGGAUCUCAUCGCUGUUGGUAGUGAUCUCUCUCUCACUCACUGUACCCUCCUAGAGGACAACCAGUGGUACAGGGCCAAAGUGCUGGCCUACUCCUCUGAAGAGAAGGUGUGUGUGGGCUACAUUGACUUUGGCAACUCGGAGGAGGUGGAGCUGAGUCGCCUGCGUUCCAUCACCUCUGAACUCCUAGCCCUGCCAAUGCAGGCCAUCCCUUGUGCCCUGGCAGGUAUGACCUAUUACACAUUCAAGUCAAUAUAUUGAUUCAUCUCGAAUUUCUGCUUUUCUGACAUCCUCUAUUCAUGUGUCAUUCCAUUUGGCCAAGGUGUCAAUAACUAACUAAAUUAUAGCAAUAAAGAAAUGCAUUGCCAUUUCAUGCCUUUUGAUUCUGUACUUUUUGUCUCAAACUCAGGAAUCUCCAGUGCAUUAAAUUGUGUUUUAGGGAUAGUGGUAGUUUAACCUGAUCACUUACAAACUCUAACUUUUUUAAUUGCCUGUUACACACACACAAUCCCACCCCUCCCCCUAUAGGAGUGCGUCCCACGGCAGAGGCCUGGUCAGAGGAGACUGUGCUGAUGCUCAGGCGGAUGGUGUGUAACCGAUUCCUGCGGGUAGAGAUCCUGGGCGAGCGGGAGGGUAUGGCGCUGGUGGCCAUGAUCGACGAGGCCAGCGACCCCCAGGGCAAUGUGGCCGAGAUGCUGGUCGCCACUGGUUAUGCCUUGCCUGCCAACCAUCAGGACGAAGAGGCCACCACCAAGGAGCAGGGUGAAGGAGCCUGGACAGAAUCAUCUCAUGGUAACUAGAAGUCAGACCUGCCAACCUGUACGCCAGUGUUUCUGCUGUACUCAUUUAGCAUUAAGAUUAGUCAUCAAUACGUUGCUAACUAGUAACAAGAUCAUGUUUAGAGUUAGUGAUCUAGCAGCUAAUGAUUAACCCAAUGGGGUAAAUGCAUGGGCAACAUCAUGCUUCAGCCUUUUUGUUUAGUUACAAAAUAUUUCACCCUCAUCAUUCAAAUUAAAUCAACCUCUUCACCCUCAUCCUCAUCAUUCAGUUCAUUCAAAUUCAAUCAUGUCACGUGUAAUUAUCAGCUUCGAUCACCCAUUCAUCCAUUGAUCUCAUUUAUUUAGUGACGAGAAAGAGACAUUAGCGCCAGAGUACAAACGCCCAACGGCGAAUUUGGUAUUUUAUUAGGAUCCCCAUUAGCUGUUGCGAAAGCAGCAGCUACUCUUCCUGGGGUCCACACAAAACAUGAAACAUGACAUAAUACAGAACAUUAAUAGACUAUAACAGCUCAAGGACAGAACUACAUAAAUUUAAAAAAGGCAUACUUCUCCAAUGGGCAAAGAAACUCAAAAGGGGUGAUGAUAUUAAUUAACAAUAAUUUUGAUCCAAAUGUGCAAAUUGUCCAAACUGAUCUGCAAGGUAGAUGGAUGAUUUUAAAUAUGUUAUUGGACCAUAAACAGAUAUGGCUCAUUAACCUUUACGGACCAAAUAAUGAUGAUCCACACUUCUUUGACUAUAUAUAUAUAAUAAAUUAUCAACCCUGCAAGCAAUACAAUACUAUAUUAUUAUGGUGGGAGAUUAUAAAACUGUUUUAAAUAGCACAAUGGACCGUAAAGGAAAUCACACUACAAACUAUCACCCUCAUGCUCUUAAGGAAAUCAUGAAUGUCAUGGAUACAUUAGAACUACUCCUGAGUGGCGCAGUGGUCUAAGGCACUGCAUCGCAGUGCUAACUGUGCCACUAGAGAUCCUGGUUCGAAUCCAGGCUCUGUCGCAGCCGGCCGUGACCGGGAGACUCAUGGGCGGCGCACAAUUGGCCCAGCGUCGUCCAGGGUAGGGGAGGGAAUGGCCGGCAGGGAUGUAGCUCAGUUGAUAGAGCAUGGCGUUUGCAACGCCAGGGUUGUGGGUUUGAUUCCCACGGGGGGCCAGUAUAUAAAAAAAUAUAUAUAUAAUGUAUUCACUAACUGUAAGUCGCUCUGGAUAAGAGCGUCUGCUAAAUGACUAAAAUGUAAAAUGUAAAUGUAACUAGUAGAUACAGUGGGGAGAACAAGUAUUUGAUACACUGCCGAUUUUGCAGGUUUUCCUACUUACAAAGCAUGUAGAUCUCUGUAACUUUUAUCAUAGGUACACUUCAACUGUGAGAGACGGAAUCUAAAACAAAAAUCCAGAAAAUCACAUUGUAUGAUUUUUAUGUAAUUAAUUCGCAUUUUAUUGCAUGACAUAAGUAUUUGAUCGCCUACCAACCAGUAAGGAUUCCGGCUCUCACAGACCUGUUAGUUUUUCUUUAAGAAGCCCUCCUGUUCUCCACUCAUUACCUGUAUUAACUGCACCUGUUUGAACUUGUUACCUGUAUAAAAGACACCUGUCCACACACUCAAUCAAACAGACUACAACCUCUCCACAAUGGCCAAGACCAGAGAGCUGUGUAAGGACAUCAGGGAUAAAAUUGUAGACCUGCACAAGGCUGGGAUGGGCUACAGGACAAUAGGCAAGUAGCUUGGUGAGAAGGCAACAACUGUUGGCGCAAUUAUUAGAAAAUGGAAGAAGUUCAAGAUGACGGUCAAUCACCCUCGGUCUGGGGCUCCAUGCAAGAUCUCACCUCGUGGGGCAUCAAUGAUCAUGAGGAAGGUGAGGGAUCAGCCCAGAACUACACGGCAGGACCUGGUCAAUGACCUGAAGAGAGCUGGGACCACAGUCUCAAAGAAAACCAUUAGUAACACACUACGCCGUCAUGGAUUAAAAUCCUGCAGCGCACGCAAGGUCCCCCUGCUCAAGCCAGCGCAUGUCCAGGCCCAUCUGAAGUUUGCCAAUGACCAUCUGGAUGAUCCAGAGGAGGAAUGGGAGAAGGUCAUGUGGUCUGAUGAGACAAAAAUAUAGCUUUUUGGUCUAAACUCCACUCGCCGUGUUUGGAGGAAGAAGAAGGAUGAGUACAACUCCAAGAACACCAUCCCAACCGUGAAGCAUGGAGGUGGAAACAUCAUUCUUUGGGGAUGCUUUUCUGCAAAGGGGACAGGACGACUGCACCGUAUUGAGGGGAGGAUGGAUGGGGCCAUGUAUCGCGAGAUCUUGGCCAACAACCUCCUUCCCUCAGUAAGAGCAUUGAAGAUGGGUCGUGGCUGGGUCUUCCAGCAUGACAAUGUCCUGAAACACACAGCCAGGACAACUAAGGAGUGGCUCCGUAAGAAGCAUCUCAAGGUCCUGGAGUGGCCUAGCCAGUCUCCAGACCUGAACCCAAUAGAAAAUCUUUGGAGGGAGCUGAAAGUCCGUAUUGCCCAGCGACAGCCCCGAAACCUGAAGGAUCUGGAGAAUGUCUGUAUGGAGGAGUGGGCCAAAAUCCCUGCUGCAAUGUGUGCAGACCUGGUCAAGAACUACAGGAAACGUAUGAUCUCUGUAAUUGCAAACAAAGGUUGCUGUACCAAAUAUUAAGUUCUGCUUUUCUGAUGUAUCAAAUACUUAUGUCAUGCAAUAAAAUGCAAAUUAAUUACUUAAAAAUCAUACAAUGUGAUUUUCUGGAUUUUUGUUUUAGAUUCCGUCUCUCACAGUUGAAGUGUACCUAUGAUAAAAAUUACAGACCUCUACAUGCUUUGUAAGUAGGAAAACCUGCAAAAUCAGCAGUGUAUCAAAUACUUGUUCUCCCCACUGUAUAUGGAGGCUUAAAUAUCCUGACCUAUUGAGAUACACAUGGCGGAGACUCAAUCAAGCGAGUCAUCUUGACUUCUUUCUUAUGUCAUUCUCGUUGGCGCCAAAAGUUUAAAAAGUGUUGAUGGGGACAGAAUGCGGUCGGACCAUCAUAUAAUUGGCAUAUACUUUACUCUUACUGAAUUUCCACGUGGGCGAGGAUAUUGGAAAUUUAAUCAAAGCCUAUUGGAUGAUAACUUGUUUUUAACUAGGACAGAGGAAUUGAUAACUGUUUUUUUCCGACAUAACAUAGGUACAGCAAAUCCCCUUAUUGUAUGGGACACUUUUAGAUGUGCCUUUAGAGGCCAUGCAAUUCAGUACUCAUCUCGAAAACAAAAGCAAUUUAGGUCAAAAGAUUCCAUACUAGCAAAGGAAAUAGUUCUAACAUAACAGAUGGAUAGCAAUAAAAGCUGUAACAUAGCGGCUCAGAAUAAAUUACAGGAAAAACAAAAAUAAAUGGAGAAACUUAAGUGUAAUAUAUUAUAAAAAAUAAAGCAAACUGGAUGGAAUAUGGGGAAAAAUGCACCAAAUUAUUUUUUAAUAUUCAACAUCGAAAUGCUACCAAAAAUAAUUUACUGAAACUGGUUACAAAUUACAGUCACCAUGAUUCACCAAAUGAUAUUUUGAAGGAGGAAUAAAAGUACUUUAAGCAUAUGUUUUCAUUUCAGUUGCCUCCAUCUCCUCUAACUGAAGCUAACUGUAGGGAUUUUUUCCCAAUUGAUAAUGUAAAAUUAACAGCCAAACAAAGACUCAUGUGAAGGUUAAAUUACAGAGGAGGAACUUCUGGAUGCAAUUAAAGACUUUAAGUCCGGGAAAACUCCAGGGUUGGAUUGCAUACCAGUCGAGGUAUACCAAACCUUUUUUGAUAUACUAAGAGGACCGUUAUUAGCAUGUUUUAACCACUCCUAUGUAAAUGGUAGAUUGUCAGACACUCAAGAAGAAGGUCUGAUUUCAUUAUUACUGAAACAGGAUACAAGUGGGAAAUAUAAAGAUCCAGUCCAUUUACACUUCAGUGUUGUGAUGCAAAAUGUAUAGCGCAUAGAAUAAAAAAAAUAUUGUCUGACAUUAUUCAUUCUAAUCAGACAGGUUUUUUACAUGGACGAUACAUUGGAGAUAAUAUAAGGCAAGUACUGGAAACAAUGGAACACUGAAAAAUCUGGGAAACCAGGCCUGCUAUUCAUAGCAGACUUUGAAAAGGCAUUUGAACAAGUACGACUGGAGUUUAUAUAUAAAUGUCUGGAGCAUUUCAAUUUUGGAGAAUCUCUUAUAAAAUGGGUUAAAAUCAUGUAUAGUAACCCUAGGUGUAAAAUAGUAAAUAAUGGCUAUUUCUCAGAAUGUUUUAAACUGUCAAGAGGAGUAAAACAAGGUUGUCCACUAUCGGCAUAUCUAUUUAUUAUGGCCAUCGAAAUGUUAGUAUCCAACAAUAAUAUCAAGGAAUUAGAAAUCCAGGGCUUAAAAAGGUGUCAUUGUACGCUGAUGAUACAUGUUUUCUUUUAAAUCCACAACUUGAAUUCCUCCACAGCCUCAUAAAAUAUCUAGAUACAUUUUCUAACUCUCUGGAUUACAACCAAAUUAUGAUAAAUGUACUAUAUUACAUAUUGGAUCACUAAAAAAUAAAAUGUCCAUGUAGUUUACCAAUAACAUGGUCUGAUGGUGAUGUGGAUAUACUCAGAAUACAUAACCCAAAUGAAAUAAAUGAUCUCACUCCAAUACAUUUGAAUAGAAAGUUAGCAAAAAUAGAUGAUCUUGCUACCAUGGAAAGGUUAAAUACCUGUCUAUUUGUGGAAAAAUCACCCUGAUUAACGCUUUACUAUUAUCCCAAUUUACCUACGCCUAGUGAACAUUUUUUUAAAAUUUCAGAAAAAAUAUAUUCCAUUUUAUUUGGAACGGCAAGCCAGACAAAAUUAAACAGGCCUAUUUAUAUAAUGAAUAUGAUUUCGGAGUACAGAAAUGAUUAAAUAUUAAAGCAUUAGACCUAAAAGCUUCAGUCAUACAAAAGUUAUACUUAAAUCUGACUGGUUCUCUAGCAAAUUAGUAAGAUUGUCUCACCCCAUGUUCAAGAAUGACCUUUUUCCCUUUAUUCAGAUUACAACCUUUCACUUUCAGUUAUUUGAAAAGGAAAUAAUCUCCCAAAUAUCACUAUUUCUAAAACAAGCCAUAGAAAGUUGGUUGCAAUUUCAAUUUAAUCCUCCAGAAACGACAGAACAAAUAAUGCAACAAAUAUUGUGGUUAAACUCAAAUAUACUAAUUGAUAAUAAACCAUUAUGUUAAAAAAAAAAAAAAAAGGUAUUCUUUAUAAAUUAUAUGGAGUUGUGUCGCACAUAACAGCAGCUAACAAAUGGAAAUGUCUGCUCUACUCAAAAUUACGACCAAAUAAUUGCAGCAUUACCACAAAAAUGGAUUCAAUUUAAAUUAUUAUAUACACAUUUUGCUACCAAUAGAAUGUUAUUUAUAUAGGGGAUACAAUCUACCCAGCUCUGCAGAUUUUUCUGCGAAGAGAAAUAAUCAUUUGUUUUGGUACUUUCUAUUUGUAGCUUAUUUUUGGUCACUGGUCCAGGAAUGGCUGAAGGAUUGCAAUAUUUACCUGGAGCUUACCCUGCAGAUAGCACUACUGGGUGAUCUGAAAAGUCAUAGUCAAUCGAUCAAUAAUAUAAUAAUACUUUCAGAAUUGUUUUUUAUUUUAGAUUUACAAUCUGUAGAAACAAUGAUAAUAGAAGGGUUCAGAACUUUUGUGAAACAUUCACAGUACAGUUGAAAAAUAUAUAAAUCCAAUAUGGAUGGUGUUAGGAGAUAGAUGGGAUGUGUUGAAUGGAGCUGAAGGAUGGGACUAAUAACAACUAACAACAACUAAUAACAACAAGAUAACUAAUAUAAAGCAUACUGUGUCCAUAAUAAGUAUAUAGGUUAUAGGUUGAGAGCUUUAAUGAAGCUGCCAGUUGAGGACCUGUGAGGCGUCUGUUUCUAAAACUAGACACUCUAAUGUAUUUGUCCUCUUUCUCAGUUGUGCACCGGGGCCUCCCACUCCUCUUUCUAUUCUGGUUAGAGACAGUUUGCACUGUUCUGUGAAGGGAGUAGUACGCAGCGUUGUACGAGAUCUUCAGUUUCGUGGCAAUUUCUCGCAUGGAAUAGCCUUCAUUUCUCAGAACAAGAAUAGACUGACGAGUUUCAGAAGAAAGUUAUUUGUUUCUGGCCAUCUUGAGCAUGUAAUCGAACCCACAAUUGCUGAUGCUCCAGAUACUCAACUAGUCUCAAGAAGGCCAGUUUUAUUGCUUAUUUAAUCAGCACAACCGUUUUCAGCUAUGCUAACAUAAUUGCAAAGGGGUUUUCUAAUGAUCAAUUAGCCUUUUAAAAUUAUAAACUUGGAUUAGCAAACACAACGUGCCAUUGGAACACAGGACUGAUGGUUGCUGAUAAUGGGCCAUGCUCUGAGGACGCGGCUAGUAAUCACCUUUUGAGGGUGGACUGUAUUAUUAUGCAUACUUGAUGGACUGGUUAACUUAUGCUACACUUUAAACGUUCUAUCCACGAGUCUGUGAGAGAACAUAUAGGCCUAGGUAAUGCUGUUGGUUCAUCGAUUGUGCAGGGUGGCUUACCAAGUUGGCCUUCAAUUAUAGUGAAUUUGUUUUUGAAUAGCCUAGUAAUAGGGCAUUUUUUAUAUUUUCAUAAUUAGUAGGCUGAGACAUUACCAUUCGCUACAGAAUAUCUCACCACCGUGCGUUUCCAUCUUCUCUCUCCUUCAUUACUUCCUCGAGCACGCAGAGAGAGGGGCUGUCAACAGUUUUAAUUUAUUAUUUUGUUGUGAAAACAUGUUACUAUCGAUGUUAAUGAACAGAUUUCACUUUGUUUCCCAAAUGGGUAGCUGCAGGAACAUGGUUGGAGAGCCAUGUUAUACAGUGUUAGGGCAGAAUAUCACCUGUCGCGCAGCGAGAGGCUGCAUGCUCCUCAGUGGUUGAUUGUGACGAUAUAUAAGUGUUACAGUGAGGGGAAAAAAGUAUUUGAUCCCCUGCUGAUUUUGUACGUUUUCCCACUGACAAAGACAUGAUCAUUCUAUAAUUUUAAUGGUACGUUUAUUUGAACAGUGAGAGACAGUAUAACAACAACAAAAUCCAGAAAAACGCAUGUCAAAAAUGUUAUAAAUUGAUUUGCAUUUUAAUGACGGAAGUAAGUAUUUGACCCCUCUGCAAACAUGACUUAGUACUUGGUGGCAAAACCCUUGUUGGCAAUCACAGAGGUCAGACGUUUCUUGUAGUUGGCCACCAGGUUUGCACACAUCUCAGGAGGGAUUUUGUCCCUCUCCUCUUUGCAGAUCUUCUCCAAGUCAUUAAGGAUUCGAGCCUGACGUUUGGCAACUCGAACCUUCAGCUCCCUCCACAGAUUUUCUAUGGGAUUAAGGUCUGGAGACUGGCUAGGCCACUCCAGGACCUUAAUGUGCUUCUUCUUGAGCCACUGUUUUGUUGCCUUGGCCAUGUGUUUUGGGUCAUUGUCAUGCUGGAAUACCCAUCCACGACCCAUUUUCAAUGCCCUGGCUGAGGAAAGGAGGUUCUCACCCAAGAUUUGACGGUACAUGGCCCCGUCCAUCGUCCCUUUGAUGCGGUGAAGUUGUCCUGUCCCCUUAGCAGAAAAACACCCCCAAAGCAUAAUGUUUCCACCUCCAUGUUUGACGGUGGGGAUGGUGUUCUUGGGGUCAUAGGCAGCAUUCCUCCUCCUCCAAUCACGGCGAGUUGAGUUGAUGCCAAAGAGCUCGAUUUUGGUCUCAUCUGACCACAACACUUUCAACCAGUUCUCCUCUGAAUCAUUCAGAUGUUCAUUGGCAAACUUCAGACGGGCCUGUAUAUGUGCUUUCUUGAGCAGGGGGACCUUGCGGGCGCUGCAGGAUUUCAGUCCUUCACGGCGUAGUGUGUUACCAAUUGUUUUCUUGGUGUCUAUGGUCCCAGCUGCCUUGAGGUCAUUGACAAGAUCCUCCUGUGUAGUUCUGGGCUGAUUCCUCACCGUUCUCAUGAUCAUUGCAACUCCACAAGGUGAGAUCUUGCAUGGAGCCCCAGGCCGAGGGAGAUUGACAGUUCUUUUGUGUUUCUUCCAUUUGCGAAUAAUCGCACCAACUCUUGUCACCUUCUCACCAAGCUGCUUGGCAAUGGACUUGUAGCCCAUUCCAGCCUUGUGUAGGUCUAAAAUCUUGUCCCUGACAUCCUUGGAGAGCUCUUUGAUCUUGGCCAUGUUAGAGAGUUUGGAAUCUGAUUGAUUGCUUCUGUGGACAGGUGUCUUUUACAGGUAACAAGCUGAGAUUAGGAGCACUCCUAAUCUCAGCUCGUUACCUGAAUAAAAGACACCUGGUGCCAGAAAUGUUUCUGAUUGAGAGGGGGUCAAAUACUUAUUUCCCUCAUUAAAAUGCGAAUCAAUUUAUAACAUUCUUGACCCCCUCUCAAUCAAUAUAUAACAUGCGUUUUUCUGGAUUUUUUUGUUGUUAUUCUCUCACUGUUCAAAUAAACCUACCAUUAAAAUUAUAGACUGAUCAUUUCUUUGUCAGUGGGCAAACGUACAAAAUCAGCAGGGGAUAAAAUACUUUUUUCCCUUCACUGUAUAUGCCCAGACGUUUGUAUAUGCAAUCCUGUGUGAAAGCAGAGUUUUGAUGGUUGCCUAAGAAGAGGAUCCCAGCUGCUACUAUUAUUUAUUUCUCAGCUGCUAAUAUUAAGCACAUGCUUCGCUAUAAAAACAGAGAAGCCUAUCUGGCAUGUUUGAAAUACGAACUGAGGGGAAUGCAGCCUCCAUUCGCAAUUUGCGUGCGUACGGAAGACGUCUUUUUUUCCGCUGUUCCUGCCAAUUUGAUAAUGGAUCGUUCUUAAUGAAACUAAUUUAACAUCUUUGUAAAAACGAAAUUAAAUUGAGAAUAGUCUGAUGGAUGAAAAUAUGAUCACUUGAUGAGAGAACAGCAUGUGCAGCCUGAGGCAAGGAAAAGAGCGUAAGCUUUUUUGCGACUUUUUCAAAUAGUCAAUAGCAUGUAGUCGCAUCAUGUUUCGAUUUCUUAGACAUUCUAAGGUUUGUGUCAUUCACAACUACUGCCAAAUAACUAUAAAUCUAGCUCAUAGAACCUGUUUAAUUAUCACUUUAAUACUCAACAUAGCCACUUCAUAUGCGCACUCGCUCCGUAAUGGGAAAAAUAUGAUUUAUAUAUUUAUUAAGUUAAGUUCAAUUAUAUUCUUCUUACUAUAAAAUCAUAUAAAAUAAUGGCACGGGACUUAUUAGCAUAUCUUGUCCGCUAAAUGAACUAGCCAACAGCCUAUGGCAUGGCGCAUAACCAUAUAAUAUACGGUAGGCCGACUCCAUAUUUCGUUCUUCUGAAAUGAAUUUUCUUCGUAGCAUGCUUCUUUAGACCUGCUUAAAAAAAUUAUGGAUUUAUUGUUAUGGUGUAUAUUAAAUAUAUUAGACAUUUUUUUAUGUAGUGGCCUAGAUGUUCGAAAGGCGCGCAUCAGCAGCUCGUAAGCGUGUCGCCCUGGAGAUUCUAAACAUGAUUAUGUUAAUGAAAGAUUACCGUGAGACCGGCAGUCAUUUGCAUGACCAUAACCGGCUGACAAAAUUGAAUGACAGCCAUAGCCCUAGUUAACAUGCUUGUUAAUGUUUUGUUUUUCCAUAUCAGAUUGGUGGUCUUAGCUUUUUAGUUUAUUCACUUCUUGAUCGAAAAACCAUCGGUGAAGUAGACGCGCGGACGCUCUACCAUUCCCGUGACGUUUCAAUAUGGCUGCGGCCACAUCUCUUGAAGCUUGUGCGACGCAAAAAAACAUAUAAUAUUGUGUUCUAAAAGCAUUUUCAUUAAGCUAUAAAAACAGAGUUGCACACUCCAUAUGUAUAAUCUCCCAGUAAUUUAUUGGGUAAAAAACCACCAACAUUUCGGUGUCACUGUGCCUUCUUCAGGGUAAUGUCAUGAAUGCUUGAACCAGGUUAUGUAGAAAACAGUGCAAUUAGUGCAACCAUGGGACAACAGUGAGGGGUGUGUCAUAAUUGCUAGGUUGAUCAGAAUGAAUUGAGCGAAACUGUUAAAAGACAAUAGCCCACAGCAUAUUUAAUAUAUUAUGCCAUUGUUAGCAUUAUCAUAACAUUAGCAUCAACAUGCAUUAUUGUUUCAUUUAAUUUCACCUAUAUAUUUAAAUAUUUCCAAUUUCAUUAAAGAAAAUGGUUACAUGUAAUCUUUUGGGUCAACAAUAGUGCAUAAUAAGCAUCAUCAACAGGGGGAACAUAUGCUGAUAAACUGUAGAAUCAAUAUAUUCAUUACAAUUCUGUUCACAGAAAAUAUAAUUGUUCAUAAGAAGGGCCUGAGAUCAAAGUCAAUAUUCAGACCACUAGGGCUCAAUGUUUUUAAAUAGGAUAUCCAGUAGGCCUCCCUCUGUAGUAGUAGGGUCUCGAUGUUACCUCCUCUCCUUGGUAGAGCAACAUGCUCAAUGCCUGUGUAUUUGAGGGAGGACAUGGGAUGGUUAGCUUCAACAAAGUGAGCUGCUACUGGAUAGAAGGCACCAGGGAAAAUCUUUUUAAAGAAUUCCAAGACUGUUCAUCUAAUAAAAGUAGAACACACCUGCAUAUCGUCACUUUAAGUGGGUAUGUUCGAAAUGGAGUUAUCCCACGCGGACUACGUUGGCAAAAAGAGCCUUCAUUUGGCCAACGCACGAAAGAGUUUUGUGAACGUUGGUGUGCUAUACUUAACAACUGUUCACUGGACCUGAUGACUUUGAUCAUCGAAACCUCCAUUGACAAUUCACAGCAAGCUCUAUGAGACGAGCUAAAUUAUCCUAUCAAACUGGAUGAUCUCAUUAAGAGUAACGCUGACCUUCAGACCAAGAUUACGACGGAACUGAGGGAGUCCCUCUGUCAGACCAUCUAUCCACAUACAGCGCUACCUCUGGCUCCUCUACCAACGGUGAGCGUUUUUUCUCCAACAGAGGGCGCGGACACUGGGGACAACGUCGAGGACAACACCCCCAGUACGUAA